GGGCGCAUGCGUCGGGCGCCGCCAUUUUACGCCGAUCCUGGAGCCGCCAUAUUCGUCCACUGCGUUUGUUGGCGUCUGCGGGGGUGCAUCUGUCCGUUGCUCCGAUUGUUCCCGUCGUUCGGCGUUUUGGGUGCGCUUCCCCAUGCGGUUGCCGCGCACUAACUGGAUCUGCAUUCCGUGUUAAGAUGGACCAUGUUAGUCGCAGCACUGAAUACAGGUAUAGGAAGCGAAUACUUACCCAUUAUUGCACUGAAGAAACCGUAUCUGGCUCUGACGACAGACAGCCUCUAGACUCUCCUGUUUCUGGACAUUUGAGGCAGCAAGAUGAAACAGAUCAGCAGGACUCAGUUGUGCCGAGUGCAGUUAAUGAUGGAUUGAAUAUGGAUAUGAAUCAAAUGGAUGUGGAUGAAGUAUACUGGGAUUGUGAUCAGGACUCCUUCUGCUGGGAAUCUGGUUCAGAAGAUGGUCAGAUAUCUGACAGUGACACAGAUACACCUCAAGAUUACACAGAGGAUGAUGGCAGUGACAACAUGGAAAACAACACACUGCAAUUCAAGCUUGCUGAGUGGGCAGUAAGCUAUGGCAUAUCAUCUGCAGCAGUUAUGGCAUUGCUGGCUAUUCUUAGUGUGCACACGUCAUUGUCACUUCCUAGGCAUCCUAUGACUUUGCUUAGAACACCCCGCCUGUCCAAAAUCACGCCAAUGGGAGAUGGUGACUACCACUACUUUGGCCUGAAAAGUGUUAUCAUUGAUCUGUUCAAGAAACUUCCCAGUCCUCCAUCUGCCCAAAAACUGAGACUGCAGAUAAAUAUAGAUGGCAUACCCCUGUUCAAAAGCUCAGCAAUGGCCUUGUGGCCAAUUUUGGGAAUGAUAAGAAACGUCACAUGUGAGGUUUUCCCCAUCGCUCUUUUUUGUGGUAAAGGAAAACCACCUCUGGAGCCAUAUCUGAAGGACUUUGUCAAUGAGUGUAAAUCAUUGUGUCAAGAAGGCUUUGUUUUCAUGGGACGCAGCUAUGAUUUGGUGCUUGACAGCUUGGUCAGUGAUGCACCUGCACGAGCUUUUUUGAAGUGCAUAAAGGGUCAUUCAGGAUAUUAUGCCUGUGAAAGGUGUGAGCAAAAAGGUCAAUCUCAUCCUUCUGGUCGACUGAUAUUACCUGAGAUGGAUGCCACAGAAAGAUGUCACCAAUCAUUCGCUUCAAAGCGGAAUUACCUUCAUCAUCACAAGGACAAAGUUUCACCUUUUCUCUCAUUGCCCCUCGAUCUGGUCAAGGGUGUGCCACUUGAUUACAUGCAUCUCUGUUGUCUUGGUGUCAUGAGGAUGAUGGUGCGGCUCUGGCUUGCUGGACCUCUGAUUAUUCGCCUACCAGCAACAGCUGUUGAAAGCAUAUCUGAAAGGUUGUGUCGUCUUCGCUCCUGCAUUCCUAGGGAGUUUGCUAGAAGACCGAGGAGUCUGUCUGAGUUUCGGAUGUGGAAAGCCACAGAGUUCCGGCAAUUUUUGCUCUACACAGCAAGUCCAGAUAUGUAUCGCGUCGUCGCAUUUAUCGACGAAGAUGAGGUAGCCGUGGUAAGCUCCCGUUGGUGGCGAUCUACUGGCGAUGGUGAUCGGCGAGGAGAGGUGCGGUGGCCACCAUCGAAGACGGACGCUGCAAAAAACCGGCUUUUGGAGAAGAGCGCGGCGCCAGACCACACAUGGUCAACCCACCCAGCUCGCACCCUGUUCAUUACAGAUGACCUGAAGAAGGCACGCUGCAAGGAGAGGCAGGCAGAGAUGGAGAGUGACCUCAAUAGUGAAUCAGAGAAAGAGAACAUUGCUCAGCGAAACAGACGGAAGAAUGCCCGCUACGAUGAAUACCUUCAAGAGAGUAUCGACGACAGCGACGACGACGCCUCUAGCCUGGGACCUCGAGUGAGGGGCAGACUUGCUAAGCCCCCUGCUGCUCCUGAUUUUUCUGUUGCAGGAGCACAUAGAUCCGGGGGAAUAUCGUCGCCCGGACCAUCAGGUGCCGUCGCCCGCUCGCCAAUCGGCAUCACGAACGCCUCGACAAGCUCCCAACCGAGGCGAGUAGACGACGACGGCUUGCCAGCACAGCCACCGUCAACACCGACAGGUCAGCUGAGAAGUCAGUGCCGCCAGGCCCUGGUGGAGUUGACGCCGCUGUCAAGCGCACGACCUUCCGUCGAAAAUUCAGAAAAGUUGGCUGUAUGUGAUGGAUGCGCAGCCACGCGUAAAAUGAACCGCCAGCUGCUGCUCAUGAUGGGCAAGGUGCUGAAGGCGGUGGAGACCAUGGACGGCGCCGUCCGGCAAAACACUGCUGCCAUCCAGUCGAUGGGUGGUGGCGGUGAAAGACCGACAGGUCAGCGAACCCUCCAGACGAUGGAGGAUUUCGAGGAGCUGGCCGUGCGGCUAAAAGAUCGCGGCGCCUUCAAUAACCUGGUCGACCAGCUCAGCGGCUGGUGUUCAAUGGCGGCCGCCGACUUGGACCGCAACGUCCGCAUGGUGAUGAGGGCGCUGAUCGCGCCCUGCCUCGCCGAACGGCUCUCCCUGAAAGGGAGAAACGGAAAGAGGGCCGUUGAAGGGACGGAGGUCUACGAGGCCAUAUUUGCCGUCCUUCGCCGUUGCGGCGGCGCCGACCGCCAAAAGGUUGGCACCGCCGUCGGCAAAUGGCUGUCGGGGAGCCGAGACCGGAACGGCAAGCGGCUGCUAAGAGCAAAGAAUAGCGCCGCCGGCUCACAGAAUGCCGCCGCGUCGCCGCCGUCGCCACAGCCGUCGCCGCCGCCACCGCAGCCGCAGCAGCAGGAGCUGGCUGACGAAGGAGAGCUGGACGUGUUGGUGGCCGGACUGGGCCUGGCACGCCCUGCGGAGGGGCAGGUGCUCCCUGCUGACGAGUUUUAAACUCAUGUACUGAGCAGCUUUGAGCUUGCUCAUCUCAGAUGUGAUUUUUCAAUACAUAUCGUUUUGAUUA